UUCGAGUUUACAAACGUCUUUAGAUGUUAGUAUCGGCUCUGACAUCUUGACUGAAGUGUAUUUUAAUGGGAAACAAAGCAAAUAUUAAUAAAUAAAAAUUAGUGAACAAGGAAGUAGAGUUCUUUAAAUAAGUAAAAAAAAAUUAGUCAAUAGAAAUAUAUGCAGGUCCAAGAUGCCGUGCUCAGCAGUUACGCUUUCUAUUGCAACAAUAUCCGCCAUAAUUGCAACAGCUUUACUGGCAAUCGCCUUUUCUACAGAUAACUGGUUAUAUUAUGAGGUUAAAAGAAGCAAUAUCCAGACGUUCGCUUCAAAACACAGUGAUGCGGAUGACCUUUUCAACAGUAUGAACAACAAAUAUUAUUACUAUACACGAACCAGAGGAUUAUUCCGAGUAUGUUUCCCAAAGGAAAGACCACCUUUAAAUGCAGUGCCUACAUAUUUAUCACCUAUAGAAACGCACUGCUCCAAUGUCGACUAUUUUCCUCAGAUGGACGAAGAAAAAUCAUCAAAUGAAGACGCUAAUUCCAGGCUACACUUGGCCCGAUCCUGCAUAGCUUUGUUUGUGAUUGGCUUUGUCACAAUUUUCUGCGCUUUCUGGACCGGACUUUCUGGCUGUUGGAAACGAUCUUCUGGUGCCAUAACAGCCACGUCAAUUCUUUUGUUAGCAAGUUGCUUGCUUUCCGCUGGCGCCAUGGGCUUAUGGCACACUGUUGAAUUCUUUGAAAAGGAGAAAGUAGUUGGUGAAGAGUAUUAUCAACAAUGGAAUACGGUUCUCAGGGAUAAUACGAAAAUAUCAUACGAUUGGUCAUACAUUAUUGCAUGGGCUGGAAUAGGUGCAAGCUUACUAGCUGCAAUAUUAUUGUCCGCAGCUGCUAUCUGCUUAAGAAACGAACGAGAAAAAGAAGAACAACUCAACCUACAAUAUUUAAUGCCAGUUUAUUCACAGAAACAACCGCCUUAUCCACCAUACGCUAGUUAUCCACAACCGCAAAUAUAUCCGGGACCAUAUUACCACGGGUCACAAUAUGGUCCAUAUAAUUACUGAAUAUCUAAAAUGUAGUUUAACAAAUUUCAGAUUAGUUUAACCUUAAAAUAAAUACCAUAAAAUAUAUUUAUGUACAAUUAUAUACUUAUAAAGUACUUAAAAUAUUGUAUUUUUUCUAAGUUAUUAUAAAUAUUGGAUCAAAUGAAAUCAUUGUAUUUUUUUCUGAACUUAUAGUCAUUAGAAAGUUUUACAACCCAAACUCUCUUCAAUUACAUAAAUGCAGUAUAAUGUAAUUAAUUGCAAAUACACUUUAUUGCUCAUUUCAAAUGCUUGUCGCAAACUGAAAUACUUUAAAAUUCAUUGAUAGAAAAUAUAUUCAUAUCUAAGUUAAUUGUCUCAAUUCAAUAUCUUUAUUCCACUUUUAGUUUUUGCAUUAACAUAUUUUUCCAGCUUAACAUUGCAACGCAAUUAGCUCUUUUCGGUGAGAAAUGUCAAUAAAAAUUCGCCAGUAACGAACUGUCAAAUAUGUUGCUCUAUCGAUGCACUGGUUUGUGGCCUGUUAGUACCAAUUGUUACUGUUCAUCAGCUCACCGAACAAAGCUAUUAUUGUACAUACAUAUAAAAACACUAACAAAAAUUUUACAUAUAUUUACAUAAUUUAUAUGUAUGUAAGGUAAUAACAUUAUUUUACUUAUCAACGAAGGGUAUGCAAUUAAACAUAUUAUACUGUACAUACCUAUUAUACAUAUAUACGUAGUACAUACAUACAUAUAUUUAAAGCGUAAAAAUAAGAAAGUGUGCCAGAUAUCAGAAAGCACCAAGUAGUAGCCCUAUUUUGACAAUAAAAAAUUCAUAUUUGAUUUGAAAA